GAAUGAGUUUGAACCCUAAAACAUGUGUGUGUUGAUAGUAGGGUGCUGGGUGACGCAGAACCACUCUCCAUAGUGGACGAAUAAUAAAAUCAAAUCCAAACAUCAACCAAUUAUUCCCAUGUUUCGAUUCUCCAUUCUCUUUUCUUGAAGAAUAACAAACCCACUUUCCUUCCCUUUCAUCUCCAUUUUCUCUAUCCUUUCUUUCUUUCCUUACACAAUGGUUUCUCCAGAGAACACCAAUUGGAUCUACGAGUAUGGAUUGAUUGAAGAUAUUCAAGUACCUGAUGCUAAUUUCACCCUUCCUGCUUCUGGAUUUACCUGGCCUGUCCAACCCACCUUCAAUGGUUCAUCAUCCAACCCUAGUGCGGAACUCGAUGGCUCAAUUGUGGAUUCAGAUGGACACAAUGAUUCUAGAUCAAAAAAGCGGGGAAGACCUGAUUCUUGCAGUGGUACAAGUAGCAAAGCAUGCCGAGAAAAAUUGAGGAGGGAUAAGCUAAACGACAAGUUUGUUGAAUUGGCUUCAAUUCUUGAGCCUGGGAGGCCCCCUAAAAUUGAUAAGGCUGCUAUUUUAGUUGAUGCUGUUCGAAUGGUGACUCAAUUACGACGAGAAGCCCAGAAGCUGAAAGAUUCUAGUUUAGAUCUUCAGGAGAAAAUUAAGGAGCUGAAGGCUGAGAAGAAUGAACUUCGGGAUGAGAAGCAAAGGCUGAAGAUGGAGAAGGACAAGCUUGAGCAACAAGCAAACACAAUGAAUGCACAACCUAGCUUCAUGGCUCCUCCACCUGCUGCUGCAUUUGCACGAAGCCAAGCAGUCGGCAAUAAGUUGGUUCCAGUGAUCAGUUACCCAGGAAUGGCCAUGUGGCAGUUCAUGCCACCUGCUGCCGUCGACACCUCACAAGAUCAUGUGCUCCACCCUCCAGUCGCCUAAUCCGUUGCAGUUUGUCAUUCAUGUAUGACACACUGUAUUAGGUUUCUGUUUGUAUAAACAUAUAUGAUGCUAUUAUUAUACUCUCCAUGUGCUAUUUUUAUCAAGUUGUUAAAUUAACUGUUAAUGGGUUUGUGACUUCA